AUGAUACAUGCUCUAGUUAAAAAUGAUCCUAGUAAAGAAGAAUGGUUUCUUUCUUGUGUUUAUGGAACCCCUUAUAAAAAUGAUCAGCCAUCCCAGUGGAGAUACAUCCAAAGAUUAAGUACUUCAGUGAAUGUCCCUUGGGCACUCUUAGGAGAUUUAAAUAUUACCAUGAAUGCUGCUGAAAGAAAUACUUAUUCUGAACCUUCCUCUACUGAAAUUCUAGAGUACAUCAAGUAUUCUGACCUUCAUGAUCUAGGAUAUAGUGGAAACAUGUUCACAUGGAUUAGUAAUAGCCAUGGAACAGGUAAAAUAAAAUCCAGACUAGAUAGAUCUCUAGUUAAUAGUGAAUGGAUGUUAUCCUACCCUAAUACUACUCAUCUUCCUAUUAAAGGUUCAGAUCAUGCUCCCAUCUUGUUAACUAUGUAUAGUAACUCUAGAAAUUCUAGAAAAUGUUGGAAAUUUUUUGAGCAUUGGCUUCAAAAUGAUGCUUGUAAGAAUGAAAUCUUGUCUUCCUGGAAAACUAACCUUUCAGGUUCUACAUCAUUCCUCUUAAUUGAUAAGCUCUCAAAUACAAGAUGUAUUCUUUCUAAAUGGAGUAAGGCAACUUAUCGAAACAUUCAGGCUAAGAUUACUUUACUUCAAGAAGAAUUGCCACUUCUUCAAGCUUCAGAUAUACAGGGCAACAAUACUGAACAAGUUAAAAACUUGGAAAUUGAAAUAGAUAAGCUUAAUGAAAUCCAAGCUAGUUCAAAUAUGCAGAAGUCAAAAGAUCAUUUUUACAAUCAUAUGGACAGGAAUUCUAAGUAUUUUCAUACAAGAGUUAAUCACAGAAGAGACAAAAACAAGAUAGAUUCUCUACUUGCUCUAGAUGGCUCUUGGUAUCAACAUAGAGCUUCUAUAGAGAGUCUUCUCAUCACACAUUUCAAAAACAUAAGUACUACCUCUCAACCAACUGAUUGUUAUCAAUUCUUUCAAUAUAUUUCUUCAUGUAUUACAGACCAAGAUAAUGAAAUGCUGGCUAGGAUUUCAGAAGAUGUUGAAAUUUAUGAUGCUCUUAUGAAAAUGAAACCUUGGACCAGUCCAGGGCCUGAUGGAUUCCCACCUGGCUUUUACCAAACUCAGUGGCAGAUUGUGAAGGAUGAUGUUUGCAAGAUGGUGAAGUCUUUUUUCAGCUCAGUGAUAGCUCUCAGACUCAAGCAACACAUGGUACAAAUUAUUUCUCCAAUGCAGUCUGCAUAUGUGCCAGGUAGACUAAUAUCUGAAAAUAUUUGUCUUGUUCAAGAACUAGUAAAAGCAAUGAAGAAAAAAGGAGGUAGAAUUGGUCCUUUACCCUUAAAAAUGGAUAUGUCUAAAGCCUUUGACAGGCUAGAAUGGGUUUUUCUUGAUGGGGUGUUAAAACAAUUUGGUUUCUGCGAUAAAUUAUGUCAUCUCAUUCAUCAGUGCAUCAAUGAUUGCUUAUUGUUCUGCAAAGCUAAUCUGGUUCAAACAAACAAGUUGCUUCAAGUUAUUGAAGACUUAAGUGCUUGUUCUGGUCAGCUUAUUAACUUCCACAAAUCAGUUUUCUUCUUCAAUAAGAAUACAAGUACUUCAAGUGCUCAGAUUAGCAGUGGAAACCUACAAGUUAGACAGCUGAGUAUCAGUGAAUAA